UUUUCUCCAUUUCAUACUGCAAAUGAAAACCACAUCUCUCACACAUACUUUGACCAUCAUACAUAACAUAAACCUAUCAUCAUUUCUCACCACCACCACCUCAUAUCUAUCUCUACCCCACUCUGAUAUUUUUCAGAUGCAUCAACCACAAACAUAAACAUAAACAGUUUCACUUUUUCUUCUUCCACACCCCCCUCCACACACUCUUUUGUAACAAACCCUAAUAUCUCUUUCUCUCUCUAUCUCUAUCUCUAAGAAUUCAAACAAACAGAGUAAGUUUGUGUUUACACAUCUUCCCAAUAACUGCAAGAAUUACGUAAACAUAUAUUUCCUUCCGUUUCGUUGAAACACAAAUUGAGUAAUAAAAGUGAGGUGAGCAUAGUGUAUGAUUUUUUUCAGAUCCGAGAGAGGGGUAUGUUUGAAUGAAAAAACGUGUGUGUGAGAGAAUUAUGAUGAUCUGAAGAAAGAAAACUAUCUUUUUCUUUCAUAAUAAUUACCUUACUCCAGAAACAACCCUUUCUCAUGUUUUUUUCUUUUGUCCCAUACCUCAUUCUCUGACCCUGUACGAACACACCACUUAAAUACAUGGAGUGGAGGGGUACUAGUAGUUUGUGUAAGCACCAACACUAACCAAACCAAACCAAUAAAGCAAAAGAUAAAGCAACAGCAACUCUCUCUCUCUUUCUCUCUCUUCACUAUCUUUCUCUCUCUCCUUCACUAUCUUCCUCCUCAUCAUGGAUUCAGGAAAUAGUGGUAGUAUGCAAUCUUCAAGCUGUGGUGAGGAAAUUGAAGAGUAUGAUUCACGCGCUGAAUCCUCAAAUUUUUCUGCGUUUUUAAACAAUCCACCACCAACAGCACCAGCACCCGCUACAAUAGUAGCAACAGGAGAAAGAAACAAUCAUGGUAUAAGCGAGUUUGGUAAUAACAACAACAACAAUCUAAACCCACAAACACAACAACAACACCAUCAUCAUCAUCAUCAUAACCAAAUGUUCGAUCCAUUACCCAAUUAUUACAUUGAUUCAUUACACAAACAAUCAUCAACAUCAUCAAACCCAAACUCGUUUCUAAACCUUGAUAUGAUUUGGUCUAAACCUACAGCUAGAUCUGAACCCAACAACACCGAUCUUAGCACCUUGUUGGUACCUUCAUCUUCUUCAUCAUCGUCUUCUCAGCAUAAUCAUCAAGCUUUCUUAUUGAGUCAAUUCCUCGGUCAAACCAGAGAAAACGUUGCUUCUGUUCCCACCACACACCUACAACACCAAUACCAUCAUCAACAACAACAACACCAUUCUCUACCACUAGAAAGUACUUCACGUGGAGGAUCACUCACCAAUGAUCAUCAAGAUCUUAUUAACAGUAGCAGCAACAACAACAACAACGUGGGUAGAAAUCCGAAGAAAAGAUCAAGAGCUUCAAGGCGUGCACCAACCACAGUUCUCACUACUGACACUACAAAUUUCAGAGCCAUGGUUCAGGAAUUCACCGGUAUACCAGCGCCACCGUUUUCUUCACCUUUUCCAAGAACAAGGUUGGAUCUUUUCGGUUCUUCUGUUGCUUCAAGAUCUAUGUCAAAUCAUAUGGACCCUCCACCACCACCACCUCCUUAUCUUCUUCGUCCUUUCGCUCAAAAAGUUCAACCCUUUUCUCCAUUGAUCCAAUCUUCUUCUUCCAUGAUGGAAAAUUUAUCUUCAACUAAUUCAGCUUCCAUUAACUACCAUUUAUCACAGCAGAAUAAUCACCCUCUCAUGCAACACAACCAGAUUCUCGGUUUUCAAUCAAUUUCUCAAACACCAACAAAAUAUCCACAUGGGACCCAACAACCCUCCUUGGAAACCACGCCCAAUGUUGACUCAAGAAUGAAAAUAGGUACUGUUUUUGAUGAACUAGGUUUGAGUCAUCCUCAUGCUCAUGCCCAUGUUAACAACGUUAACAUUGGUGUUCUUCAUCAUCACAACAACAACAACAACAUGGUUACUACUACUACAACAACAACAACAUCAUCAUCAGACGCAGUCAACAACAACAACAACAACGAGAAUCAGUGGAGUCAGAGAACCAUUGUUGGAGUUGAGAAAGGACAAGAAUGUGUUGUGAGUACAAGAGGUGAAGCAACAGUGGAAUCAUGGAUUAAUUGUUCUUCUUCUGAUUAACGAACGAACAUCAUCAAAAUAUGAAUGGAAAAAAGAACAAGGUAGGUUCGUAAUUCGUACAUAUAAUUUUAAUACACUUUAUUGAAAGCAAAUGAUUCUGGCAGUAGAAGUAUACAACGCUAAUGCAUGAAAUGGAGAAUCUUGGUAUCUUCAUCAUAAACCACCACCAUCAAAUCAAAUUAAUUCAACCAUGUUUUUUUAUAAUGCUUUUUCUUUUGUUCUUUUGAGUCGUUUAGAAUUAUGCGUAAAUAUAAUUACUAGUAGCUAUAGCUUGUUUUUUUCUACUAUGAAUUUUUUUAAGCAAUAUAUACAAAAGAAGCAUUGAGGUUAUGUAUUUUGAUAUUUAAACUUUGGUUUUGACAAGUGUGAGAUUAUUAUUAUUAUUGUUAGAUAGGUUUGUUUGAUGCUGGCUGUAUCUAUUGUUUUGGAGUCUCUAGUACUCUAUAGUUUAUACUAUAUUGUAUUCUUCAAUUUAUUUAUUUA